AUGUUCUACGACCUUAACAUCCCAUGGUCACCGACCGAUCAGAAUCUGAACAAGACAUUGGCCUUCUCACAAGAGCUGGGCUAUAAUGUCGUCGCGCUGAACCACACCAUGUCCGGCAAGUUGCCGAAUGAUCUGACUUGCGCAAUUCCUCCCCUUGCCAACCCACCUCCGAACCUCACCGUCCUCCGCCGCCUGACCCUCAUCCUAACCGACUCCCACCAAAACGCGAAACUCGCGCUCCUCGCCAAAGAAUACGACCUCAUCGCCCUCCGACCCAUCGAUGAACGGACUCUGCAACUCGCCUGCGGCUCACUCGACUGCGACAUAAUCUCCCUCGACUUCAGCACAAGGCUGCCAUAUUUCUUCAAGUUCAAAACUCUCAGCGAGGCGAUCAAGUUGGGCAAGAAGUUCGAGAUCUGUUACGGGCAGGGCUUGAGUGGCGACGCGCAGGCGAGGAGGAGCGUGAUUAGCAAUGCGACGCAGUUGAUCCGGGCAAGUCGAGGGAGGGGCCUGAUCAUCUCCAGCGAGAGCAGAGUGGGUGCCGCUGGGUUGCGAGGACCAUGGGAUGUGGUCAAUUUGGCAGCGGUCUGGGGUCUGGGCCCGGAAAGAGGCGUGGAAGCUGUGGGAAAGGAGUGCAGAAGCGCCGUGGUGACUGGAAAACUCAAGAGGAGUGGAUAUCGUGGUGCCGUGGACGUGGUGUAUGGUGGAGAGAAGCCGGCGAGGGUGGAGAAGGAGGUGGAAGACAAGGCGAAGAAGCAGAAGGGACAGCAAACUCAGAAUCAGCUGAAGGGACAGACGGGACAACAUCAGCAGACAGGACAGAAAAGGAAGGCCGAGGGUGACGAGGCUGCUGGCGCAGAGCCGCCGCUCAGUAAAAGACAGGCGAAGAAGCGUGCACAUGAGGCGAGAAUGCUGGCUGCUGCCGAGAAUGGUGAAGGAACUGCCAAAGUCGCCAGUGGACCAUCCGAUGCUGGAGCUACGGAACACCAAACAUGA